AUGUAUCGUACACUCACAAGGACAGCCAUAGUAGGCCUCUUAGGCUCAGCAGCGGCCUUGAAUAAUGGCGUGGCCAUAACGCCCCAGAUGGGCUGGAACAGCUGGAACACAUUCGCAUGCGAUAUAGAUCAGGAUGUUAUUCUCCAGUCUGCCCAGAAACUAGUCGAUCUCGGCCUCAGGGAUCUCGGAUACAAUUACGUCGGCAUAGAUGACUGCUGGCAAGCCGACGCUAGAGAUCCCGACACAAACAAGCUUAGUUACAACAUGGACAAAUUCCCAGACGGAAUCAAGAGCGUAGCUGACCAAAUCCACGCGCAAGAGAUGAAAGUUGGGAUCUAUUCUUCCGCGGGGACGCAGACUUGUGGUCAGAAUCCAGCAUCGCUCGGAUAUGAGACGGAAGACGCGACGAGCUACGCGGAUUGGGGGAUAGAUCUGCUGAAGUACGACAAUUGCUUCAACCAGGGACAAGCAGGCAAUCAGAAACUGAGCUACGAUAGAUACAACGCCAUGUCACAGGCACUCAAUGCCACUGGUCGUCCCAUUGUCUACGCAAUGUGCAACUGGGGAGAAGAUUCCCCUUGGAAAUUCGCACCGACAAUUGCAAAUUCCUGGAGAACUACAGGUGAUAUCACUGACAAAUUCACGGGGGAAGACGCGCGCUGUCCUUGCAAGGGUGAUGAAGGUCUCGAUUGCCCAUUGGCAGGGUACCACUGCUCUGUUACAAAUAUCCUCGAGAAAUCAGCAUCAUUGGGACAGAAAGCUCAUACUGGCGCUUGGAAUGACCUCGAUAGUCUGGAAGUAGGUGUUGGAAACCUUACAGUUACACAAUCCAAAUCACACUUCACCAUGUGGGCAUUCAUGAAGUCGCCUCUAAUGAUUGGCGCUAAUCUGGACACCAUCGAUGAUGAAAGCCUGGAAAUUCUAAGAAACAAGGCCGUGAUCGAUGUGAAUCAAGAUAAAUUCGGCAGCACCGCACGCAGAGUGUGGAAGCGUCAAGUUGGUGAUGGCGACCUGCAGCUUUGGUUGGCGGCGUUGUCAGGCGAUGUGUAUGCUAUUGCUGUGCUCAACACUUCCUCUCAACAACAGUCUACUGCUGUGCGCUUCGAUGAGGUGUUCAGAGGUAUCGACUAUGAGGACAGUGACAGGCAAGGUACAUACAACCUCAUCGACAUGUGGCAAAAAGACGGAGAUGCCUGGGGCUUAGGUGUAGGCAAUGCGACCGGCACUUUAGAAGAUGUCCAAGUUGAGCCAUUCGGUGUUAUGGCCUAUAGAUUGACAAAGAGCGCAUGA